CUCCCAAAGGCCAAAAUCCCGGAAAAGGCAGAAGAGCAAAUUGAAAGGAAAGUUGAGAAACCGAGAGAGAGAGAGAGAUCAGAAGAAUUGAAGAGGAAGAAUGGGGGAUUAUCACUUCGUGUACAAGGACGUUGAAGGAGCAUCUACGCAGUGGGACGACAUUCAGAGAAAGCUCGGCAAUCUUCCUCCCAAACCACCGGCUUUCAAGCCUCCACCCUUCACUCCCGCGGGCGAUGAAUCCUCUCUUCCCAAGGACAAGUCUUGGAUCGACCGAAAGACUGAAGACGAGCUCGAAGACCUCGAAGAUGACGCCGAUCUUGACGACGAUCGCUUUCUCCAAGAUUACAGGAAGAAGAGAUUGGCAGAGCUGAGAGAAGCAGCUAAGGUUGCGAAAUUCGGAUCAAUUAUUCCGAUUUCAGGAUCAGAUUUUGUGAGAGAGGUCUCUCAAGCUCCAUCUGAUGUUUGGGUUGUUGUGCUUCUCUAUAAAGACGGAAUCGCGGAGUGUGGCGUGCUGAUGCAAUGCUUGGAAGAAUUGGCAACAAGAUACCCUGCAACUAAAUUUUGUAAAAUAAUAUCCACAGAUUGCAUUCCAAACUACCCGGAUCGUAAUCUUCCCACUCUUCUAGUGUAUAACAAUGGUGCAGUGAAAGCAAAUUAUGUAGGUUUGCAACGGUUCGGCCGGAGAUGCACGCCAGAAGGCGUUGCAUUAGUUCUCUGCCAGUCGGACCCUGUGCUCAAUGACGGCCAGAGUGGGAGUGAUCCGUCAACAAAAGCUGUCAUCGAUGGAGUUCGCAAGAGGUUUCUAGAGAAGGUUGUGACAGAACAUGAAGAUGGUGAUGAUGGAUCUUCAAGUGAUUAAGAUGUUAGGAAUUUCUUUGGUUUGUGUAAUGUAUUAAGUUUGUUGUUCCUUAAGAAAUGAAAUAGUUGCUCAUUUUCUUUGUCCUUUUUUUUUGGGUGGUUUUUCAGUGUGCUUUCUUUGCACCAUAGCCGCAAGAACAACUUUUUGGUUACCUCAUUGUCCGUGAAGCUAACAUGCCUACUUUUCCUCACCUCAAUAUUCUGAAACAGUGUCUUGUCACAUACUCUUUAUCAAGUAACAAUCACAUUCCCACUUUAAUCCUUCAAUUUUUGGUUGGUUAUGUAAGAUGUAACUUGUCGAGU